UUCCACUUGGAUUUUCGGUCGGUAUCGAGCGGACGGAGAAAUUUCUUGUUGAACUGAGCGAACUCCGUACACAGCUCCCCGCCCCCAGGAAGUCUGAACAUGACCGAGAAGGCGACAUUUGUGCACACUGACAGCGGAACGCGCAGGGUUCUGCAGCUGAAACAUGCCACACCGGCCAGGCUUGUGAUGGUGUUCGGGCUGAGGGAGCCUCCGCAGCUGCUGACGAGAGUGGACACGCAGGACGUCGUGUUCGCCGAGGGGAGCCCCGAGGAACCGUACUCCGACCUGGAGCCGAGGGCCGAGUACGAGUUCUCAGCUGCCCAGUCAGUGGCAGCCACCGUGACAAUUCCCACCUCUAAGCCAAACAACCUGCGGCCAGCGGACAUCCAGCGAGCAUUGGUGUGUUGUCAGGCCGUGUAUGAGGAGACACCAGACGCCGUACAAGAGUUCCUGACAAAAGAACUGGAGAGCCAUGACUUCUGCAGUACUUCUGUAUCCUGCUAUGGGCGUGUGUCGUACAUGGUAGCUGAGACUGAGGACAAUGCAGUCUUUAUUGCUUUUAGGGGAACGAGCAGCUUCAAGGAUGUGAUGGCCGACUGUUCCAUCUGGCAGCAGCUGGCAGCAGCCGCGCCUGAUGGACGCCAGACUGCAAUGGGUGGGCGGUGUCAUGCCGGAUUCCUUGAGCUGGCCUCCUCUAUCCCGGUCGACCCCUUCCUGAAGAAGUACAAGCACCACCGCAUAGUUCUGUGUGGACACAGCCUGGGUGGCGCCGUGUCACACAUCGUCGCGCUCAACAUGCUGGUGGAGCUGAAGAGAAGGGGACUCAAAACUGACAACAUCAAGUCCAUCGCGUUUGGAGCGCCGUUCUUCGGGGACGAGGGUCUCCGUUCAUACGUGGAGAAGGAGAAUCUGUCCGACUGCCUGCUGACCGUGGUGAACCAGAAGGACCCGAUACCACGCAUUCUCCGACUGGCAGAAGCCGUUGAAACCGCUGUGACAACAGCAUCUGAUAAGGUGAAGAAGUUCGUCAAAGAUGUAAGGCCAUUUCUCACCCCAAUACUGAAGAUGGCGUCCUCGGUGGUUGGCGGCCCUGUCGUUGCGGCUGUAGCUGCUGCAGCUGGCACCGUUUUGGAUCAGCUUCCCCGUGCCAUGGAUGAACUGGACGGGCUGUUACAGCAACACAAGGUAGAGUUACAGGAGCUGAACUCCAUCUACCGACCUGUAGGGUGGUACAUGUUCAUCACGUGCCAUGAAACUCCUGGCAGUUUCCACACAACAUGGAAGGAAGGAUAUACACGAGAGGAAGGUCAGAUCAACAGGUUCAUAUCAGAGAGUGGACGCCUCACUCCGGAGAUGAUACACGAACACAAGGCUGUGAGUUAUGCAACGGCCUUCUACAAUGUCUCAACCAGAAAGGAGUACGACACAGUCCUCACACCACCUCCAGUCUGCGAUGUAGUUGACAGCAUUGCCCCCGAGGUUCAACGGAACAUCUCCAUGGAAACAGCCUUUCCACCACGCGUCAGCAAAGUUUCCCUUGUCAGUAUUGCAAGCCAGAAGGGAAAUAAGGAUACUGGAAAGUUGUUGGUGACCAUUGAUGGUGAAAACCUAGACUUCUUCAUCCUCUCUAAGGAAAAUCCUUUCACAGGUAUUCCGUAUGACAAGACAAGAAGGGAACCGGUCUCUGUGAACUUCAAAAGCUCCCGGCAAGUUAUCUUGGAGUGUUACCUAACUGAUGGGGCAUUUGACCCUUUUCCCACCAUCACGGUUAGAACUCACUUUGAGGAGAUCAAGUAUCAGACCAAGAAAGAAGAAGUCAAGGAACUGAAGGGCUGUACGUUGGGUCAGCUAGCCGUUGGGCAGUUGAGGCCAGAACUCCUCAUCCAGGCAACACAGCGGUGCUUGGCAACAGUGAUGAUGAUGCCGGAAUCCCGCCGACAAAAGGAACUUAAGAGGAACGUCAUGAUGAUGUACCUGGACAAGCUUGAUAAGGGCAGACGUGCCGUCAGAAAAGGUAAGAAGAACCCAGAACUAUUCGACAUGGUGGCAGCUGCCUUAUCUGGUGGCCUAGAGGACCUUCAGGAUGAAAAGCUGCGACCAGUGGUGGGUGCGAUUGUUGCAGAAGUCGGGAACCAUCUAAAGGUGAAGUACCCUAUGGGUCUUACGGAUUGGGUGCUGGCAACGCUGCUAGGGCUUACAGCGGUGGCUGGUGUGGUAGUCACAGGUGGAGCUGGUGCUGCUUACAUUGGUGCCUUGGCGAUCAGUCUGACGGGAGGGCAGGCUAUAGCUGCGGGUCUCGUCGGUAUUCUAGCGUCCGGAGCCAGCGUUGUCAGCAACAUCACAUAUCAAUUUUUCGCCAAAGUGGAAAGUAAUUACAAGGGUGUUCUCAAGUCUCUGAUUGAAGAGCUACCAUCUGUGCAGGAUGUCGAGGAAGAGAACUCAAUCCGUGACAGGGCACUGGAUGACGAUGUGUACAGUCUGGAAUCAGCUCUCAUGACCAAGUAUGAGAUGCUGGGAUGUCUAGAUAAAGAUUUUGACUCCAUUGCAAAACGUCAUCCAUUCAAGACUACUUGGGGCAAGAAGCUAGGCAGAGCAACUAAGGGGUCCCAACAGGAGGCGGUGAGACGCUGCCAGAUGACCUGUGACCUGUUCCGGCUCCGUCAGCUACUCAUGAAGACUUGCUUCGUGGGUCUGAUCGGGCCGCAGGAUGCAGGCAAGACGACACUCAUCAAGACGCUUUGGGGACUGGAGGAGGUGAAAGACAUCGGGUUCCAGGAGCACACCAAAACAGCCGUGCUUUACAAGGCCCGGGGCACAGAGAGGAUGGUGAUUGUAGACUUCCCUGGCACAACCACAGUUGAUACUCAGGUGGCCACGCUGGUGAACCACUGUGGGGGACUGGCCAGUUUCUUCAUCCUCGUCAUGCCGUUCACCGGCGAUCCCAGCAAGCUAAACAUUGACCAACUCAAGAAGGUCAAGGCCUUUGGCUGCACCUUCGUGAUCUGCAUCAACCAGUGUGGACGCUUUCCCGAUGCGUUUAAGACCAAGGAAAACACAGACAAGUUCCGUGCUGACUUCUCCGAGGUGCUAGACGUGAAACCUUCGGACAUCUUCUUCACCGACUUCGUGGCGUGCAGCCCGGAGAUGCGCGCCGUGGGGCUGACGGGAGUUGAUGACGUCAGGCGGUGGAUCAGGGACUGGCUGGUGACGUAUGACGUGUUCGAGAAGGACGAGCCUGAGCUGAGCAGGGCUGUGAACGAACAGGCAGCUGGGAUGGGUACAGGGUCAUAGAUU